CAUGGUCAGUGCGAUAUUUUGGCUCUGUUUUUACAACUUGUAUUUUGUUUUCGAGGUCCUUCGGAUUUAUGCUAUCACGUAAAGCACUGAGAUCUUUUAUCAAUACCUAUGAAACAUGGCUCUGUGUCUCACAAGUUUGCACCAGAGAGAGCAAACGUACGCUGUCAACGUCACCAGGAAGAUUUCAAAAUGUCUCAAUUCCUCAGAAUACGGUGAAGGAUAAUUCUGCUUCAAUUUUAGAGACUCAAAACUAGCUAACAUAACCAAGUCAAACAGUGACCUUAUUCGUGCACUCCUUGUUUUUAAGAUAUGUUCAUACCCUAUUUUAGUGAAGAAUAACAAGAAACUUAUGGAUAUUUCUAGGAAGCUGCUAGGAAAAUUUUUAUUUCGAAGGAUGAUGAUGAUGUCAUUCUAUGGGCAUUUUGUUGCAGGUGAAGAUGAAGCUGGUAUACAACCGCUAGUUAUGCGUCUGAAGAAGUAUGGUGUUGGAUCUAUACUUGAUUACAGUGUAGAGAAAGAUAUACAAGAACAGGAGGCGGUUGAUAUUGUAAAAAAGAGUUUAACUGAAGCGAUAGAAAGUCCAGCGAAACGAUCAGAAGUUUCACCGAAACAAUAUCAAAUUAGUGUACGUUUUGCUGAUCGUACAAAACAGCUGGUUGCUGCAAGAUCCUACUUCUAUAAAUCUGAACACCAGUGUAAUGAAAAUAUGGAGACAUUUUUAAAUUGUAUUGAUGUUUCAUCAAAACUAAGUGAUUAUGCUAUUACUGCAAUCAAAUUGACUGCACUUGGCCGACCACAACUACUGCAACAAAUGUCUGAUUUUCUAGUACAAAUGAAACGACUGUUUUUCCUGUUGACUGAUUCACACAACAAAGAAUUAGGCGGAAUGAAAUUUUUAGAUUUAGAAAAUUUUCAAAAAAAGUUGGAAGAGUUAGGCGUGAAAAUUUCAUAUAAUGAAAAUGUCAAGUGUUUCACCCUGCUGGAUAUUUCUGGAGAUGGGGUUGUAGACUUACUUGAUUGGACUCAUUUGAAAUCGUUAGAAUAUGAUCUUGCUAGAUUAUUUAGUGUGAAAAAUAAGAAGACCGGUGAAAUGGAACAACUUGUACCCACGCUUACAGGUGAAGGUAUCGAAGAAAUGCGGAAUAUGAUUAAACGUCUUGAUACACUAGCAAGUUACGCAAAAUCUGCUGGUGUACGACUUAUGGUGGAUGCAGAACAGUCUUACUUUCAACCGGCUAUCCGAAGAUUGACUAUUGAAAUGAUGCGUCUAUUUAACAAGGAUAGACCUGUAAUAUAUGGCACUUAUCAAUGCUAUCUAAAGGAUGCUCUUGAAACUCUUGAUCAAGAUUUGCAUCACGCUGCUACAGAGAAUUUCUAUUUCGGUGCAAAACUUGUUCGUGGUGCUUACAUGGAUCAGGAACGUGCACGAGCUAAAGAAUUAGGCUAUGAAGAUCCAAUUUGUGCAAAUUAUGCUGCUACAUCAGCAAUGUAUGAAGCCUGUUUGGAACGUGUGUUUAUGGCUAUGAAAAAACGUAAAUUUGGUCAAGUGAAUAUUAUGGUAGCUAGUCAUAAUGAAGAUACUGUUAGAUAUGCUAUAAAAAAGAUGCAAGAAUAUAAUGUAAAACCAGAAGAUAAAGUUAUUUGUUUCGGUCAAUUACUUGGAAUGUGUGAUCAAAUCAGCUUUACACUAAGUCAAGCUGGUUACUCCGUCUACAAAUAUGUUCCAUAUGGUCCAAUUGAAGAAGUUCUCCCCUAUCUAUCAAGACGUGCUCUAGAGAAUGGUUCAGUUCUACAGAAUACGCUGAGAGAACGUGAAAUUCUCUGGUGUGAAUUAAAAAGACGAUUGAAAACUGGACAAUUUGUUUAUAAACCUUAAAUCUGCAUCAUUAUCAACAUCAGCAUUAUCAUCAUUCCAUGUUUUUCCAGACUUUUACUCUUUUCUUUUU